ACUGUAAACAUUACGGUAAAUAUAUGAAACGUGCAGUCGCCCUCUAGUGUCUAAGACAGGAACUUGAGUGAGUGACUUAAGUGAUCAAAGGUAGUGGACUGCGUAGUAACGCGGCUGCGGCAGGAAUGUCUAUGUGGCUGAAUGAUGGUGAAGUGCUGGUGGGCCAAGGCAGGGGUGAGGCGGUCCCACUAAGCCCCAGAUUGAGGAGCCUACCGUCUGGCAGCCCCAGGCUGAGUCAAAGACGUAGCCCGCUGGCCUCACCACAUGCCAGAGAGCCGACGCCGCUGAGCCCACAGGCAGAGACCAUGGGCAAAGCCAAAGAGCUCUUUGUCCUGUGUGACAAAGAGGGGAAAGGGUUCAUCACAAAACGGGACAUGCAGAGGUUAGAAGGCGAGUUGCCGCUCUCCCCAGAACAACUGGAGACUGUGUUUGAAAGUUUGGACCGAGAGAACAAUGGAUUUCUCACUCCUGUUGAGUUCAAAACAGGACUUGGUGAGCUGAUGGGUGUGGAUGAAACGGCUGAGCUGAGCCCAGAUGGAUCGGAGGCAGAGAGGGACGAUGUAGACUGGUCCCAGGACCCAACCGCAGCCAGAUUUGUCAACAUACUAAUGGAGCUGGGAGCUGACAAGAUGUUCAAAGACAAGCAGGAGCUUUUCACCCUGUGGUGUGAGCUCCAGAGAGACAGCCCAGAGCUGCUCAGUGCCCUGGAGUCUCUGUUAGUCCACGCCGUGUCCAACCUGCAGGACGCCAUCAGAGAGAGAGACACUCUGGAACAAGCUCUUCUCAGAAGGGAGAGCGAACAUGACAAGAUGGUCCGAUCCAUAUAUGAAGAAAUGGAAAGCCAGAUCAGGGAGGAAAAAGAGAAAUGGGCCGCUCAGGUACAGGACAGCUUAAAGGAGAAGCAGAGAGGCCAACAGCUGGAGGAGGAGCUGAAGACACGGGAGCAGGAGUUGGAGAACACAAUAAACAAGCAGAAAGAGCUUGAGACCAGAAUCCGAACACUGAAUUGUGAGCAAACCAACAUCAGGGAGCAGAACCGGCAGCUGCGGCGCCUCAACAGCCAGUUGCAGGAGCAGGUGGAGAGCAGCAGAGAGAGGCUGCAGUCCGCACUGCGUCAGCUCAGCCUGCUGCAGGCCAACGCCGCUCAGGAACAGGUGGCCCGACAGAGGAAUGUAAUGAGGGUAUCAAGAAACAUCAAAAAGGAAAAGGAAAGUCUGAUGAGGCAACUUGAGAUAUUAAGGGAUAUGAACAGGAGGUUGCGAGAUGAGAAAGAUGCCCAGCAAUCACUUAAGCUGAAUCCAAACGUCACCAAGUCUCUGCAGAAGAGAGGGUCAAUAUUAGGCAACUACUUGCAGCAAGACAAGCCAGUAGGAAGACAGCUGAGCUCUUCUGAAGAGUUGGAAUUGACUGAUACAAAAGAGGUCACAGAUUCAUCCAAGACCUGUCUACCGUCAUGUAAAGUCCUAGAUGAAAAUGUUGAACAGAUUCAAACUCAGAGCAGACUUGUCGGUCUACAACGAGUGUUUAAGGUGGUGUUUCUGGGUAACUCGGGGGUCGGUAAGACCUCCUUCAUCCGGCAUUACUGCACUGGAAACUACUGCAGUAAAAUGAGUUCGACUGUGGGUGUAGAUUUCCAGAUGAAGACUUUAAUUCUGAACUCCACCACUAUCACAUUGCAGCUGUGGGACACUGCGGGCCAGGAGAGGUAUCGCAGCAUCACUGAACAAUAUUACCGAAAGGCAGACGGCAUCCUUGCCAUGUAUGACGUAACUCACAGGGCCUCCUUCAGUGCGGUGAGAGGAUGGAUGGAUUCCGUCAGGGAUAAGAUGUGUGAUGGGACUGUGCUGAUGCUGCUUGGAAACAAACUGGACUUGGCAGACAAUAACAACAGAGAAAUCACAAGACCGGAGGGGGAGAGGCUGGCAGAGGAUUACCAGGCUUUGUUUCAUGAGUGUAGUGCCAAGACUGGGUAUUACAUGGACGAGCUGAUGGUUCACCUGGCUGAGAUGCUGGUGACCAAGGAUGAUCGGCAGUGUGAAGACGCUUUUUUACUGACAGAGGACACAGCUCAGAGAAAUUGCUGUGCUCUCAGUAAAAAGAAGAUUUGAUGCUUUUGGAAAGCUUUGUUACAAAAAUUAAAAU